UUACGUCAGAUUUUGAAAUCUUUUGAAAAACGAAUACAAAUGAAAGUUUGGUUUUUAGGCAGCUUAAAUUUCCGUACUUCGUAUGAAAGUUGCAACGGUCGUAAUUCGCUAGCGUGUCAGAAUUGAAUUGGUUGGAAAUUUAAAAUUAAAUAAAAUACGAGUUUAAUACGCAAGUUAAAUUCAAUAUUCAAUUGGCAUUGGUAAACAAGUUUAGCUACCAUUUUAGUGCUUAUAAUUGGAAAAAAAGAAAACUUCCCUUCCCAAAACAAUUAAUCAGCACGCAUAAUGACUUCGAUUGAAUCUAAACGCGUGCAGUAUCGUAAAUACCUGGAGCGCGCCGGUGUCAUUGACGCACUCAGUAAGGCGCUAAUCAAACUCUAUGAAGAGCAGAAUAAACCGGAUGAUGCCAUACGUUUUGUGCGCAAGUUCAUGUGUGAGUCUUGCCCAGAUGAUGACCAAUUCGACAUGAUGAAGUCUGAUCUUGAAGAGGCCAACAAGACUAUUGCACGGCUUGAACAGGAGUUAGAACGUUUGCGUAGCCAAAUUAAGAAAACUCCUGAAGAGAUUGCAGAGCUGUUGGAGGAUGGUUUUAAGAGUCUCACAGAGGAUGAAGAGUUCAAUAACUCACUACUGCGUAAGUAUUUGACGCGUGAAAUAUUGGACGAGUAUUUGAUGACAACCACUGCGCCGCCCACCGAGGCUAACCUGUUUGAUUGCAUACAAUCGGGCACAAUGCAUCACAACUCCCGGUGUGGUGUCUAUGCAGCCGAUGCCGAGUCUUACGAUGUCUUCACUAAGCUCUUCGAUCCGAUCAUUAGGGACCGUCAUGGUCAAUUGGAGAAUGAGAGUGAUAUUUUGCAGAAGGAUACAGAUUGGGGUAAUGUGGAUGAGAUUGAAAAUUUGGAUCCGGAACGCAAAUAUAUUUUGUCUGCAAGAAUUCGUAUUGCACGCAAUCUCGAAGGGUAUCCGUUUUUUCCGAAGUUACGCGAAAAGCAAUAUAUUGAAAUUGAAGAGAAGGUCCGCUCGGCAGUUGAGACAUUGGAUGGCGAACAUACGGGCGCUUAUUAUAGCAUGGGUGACCUUGAGCCAGAUAUUCAACAUGAACUGGUCGCGCGUCAUGUACUUUUCAAGCGUGGCGACGAGUUUUUGACUACAGCAGGCUGCUAUCGUUUCUGGCCAACUGGUCGUGGUAUAUAUAACAAUCCAGCUGAAACGUUUUUGAUUUGGGUAAAUGAAGAGGACCAUUUGGGUAUUAUCUCAAUGGCUAAGUGUGGUGAUUUAGGUGAUGUAUACAGUCGCUUAGUUACUGGUAUAUCUGAAUUGGAGAAGAUGUUGCAAUUUGCACACCAUCCACGCUAUGGCAACUUGACCGCCUGUCCCACUAAUCUUGGCACUACGCUCCGUGCAUCGGUGCACAUUCGUUUGCCACUGCUGUCGCAACAAGAAGACAAACUCCAGGCCAUGGCUGAUGAGCUAAAUUUGCAGAUACAUGGCACUGGUGGUGAAAAUACCCCAAUAGAGGAUGGUGUAAUGGAUGUUUCCAAUCGACAUCGCUUGGGUUUCACUGAAUUUGAGUUGGUUAAGACGCUGCAAGAGGGUAUAGUUGCGUUAAUAGCCGCCGAAGAGGAACUUGAGGCCGGUGGUGGUGAUGACUAAACACAUGCAGGGUGGGCGUUGCAAGGAGUGGGUGUGGUGUCGGCAGGAGGUAAAAAGAUGCGAAGAAUGAAGUAAAAAUAAUAUUUGAAAUUAUCCGUAAUGUAUAAUUGGCUUUAUGUUUUUACACUGUACCUUGUUAUUCAUUUAAGUUUUACCCAUCGGGGUGUUAAUAAACUUUAAAAUCACUUGUUUUCUGAA